CUCACGUCUAGAAACCUCCCUUCUUUUUCGACUCUUCGGUAGCUUCAUAAUAAUAUAUAUGUUGUUUUGAAGCCACGUAUUCGAUAAGAUUUCACAAUCUGUUUCUCGGUAUAACGAUCCAAUCGGUUGACUUUGCUUAAAACGGGCGACUGGAAGUUUUUAGUCUCGAAGACCUUAAACCUCUUACGUUCUCCAAGAUGCUGGUGCAGUGCAGCAAACAUGAUUCGCUGGAUUUUAUCACCUAUAAUUCCUCAAUAUCCUCCUCCGCCUCCUCGUCCUCAGCCUCGGUCUGGUCUGAAGCUUCAUCCCAAGCCUCUGACGACACCUCCAUCUCCAUAUGUACUUCUGACCCGUCAGAACGAUGCGAAUCAUACGGUUAUAGUCGGCGAUCUAAGCCGUCUCAAUCUGAUCAUUUAUGUAAACUGAUUCGGAGUUUACCUGAUCAUUUAUGUAAACAGAUUCGGAUUUUACCUACCGACUAUUUCAAAGACUAUGACUAUUUCAGAGACUAUAUCAGAGGAUAUUCGCAACAAACCGAAGUUCCACAAGAGCUACGGCAGAACCCGCGCCGCACCAGUGGCAGUGCGACGUCCAGAACCGGAUGCCCUCCAUCUUUGAUUCGCCAAAGCGAUCGGAAGGUCAAUUUUGUCGAUAGCCUCGUCGAUUCAUCGACCCAGAUUGUUGAAGCAAUUUGGCCACUGUCUUCCGUUUUCCACCGGCAGGAACUCGGCAACAAGGCCGUUCUGCCGCUACGGACUUUUAUCCAAGAAACGUUGCGCCGCUCUCGUACGAGCUAUUCUACGUUGCAAGUUGCGCUGUACUAUUUAAUACUGAUUAAGCCCCAUGUUCCUAAGCACGAUUUUACAAUGGAGCAGCCGGACGAUGUUCAUGCGAACCGGGUACUGCAGUGUGGUCGCCGGAUGUUUCUUGCUGCUCUGAUUCUUGCCUCCAAAUAUCUACAAGACCGAAAUUAUUCAGCACGUGCUUGGAGCAAAAUUUCGGGGCUUGCGACGCAAGAGAUCAACCAAAACGAGAUGGCAUUUUUAAUCGCCGUGAAGUGGAAGCUCCACAUCACCGAUGAUGUUUUCAAACGUUGGACUGAAAUCGUACUAAGAUACACGCCACCGCAACCUCCAUCCGGGUCUGUUUGUUCUCAGAACUCAGAACAACAGAACCAAGACUGGAAGAACUUGAUCCUUAGUCUCGAACCGGGAUUGGGUAAUAUCGAAGAUCUUAUCCCGCUAUGUCCUUUAGUUAUGAAGUCUCCAGACUUGACGCCACUCGUGCCUGGAGCGGCGAGUCUUCGCGCCAGAGUAGGCAGAGCAAUCUCCUACAUGAUGAGUGACCCAUCUACGCUAAAGGCUCUUGAUAUUCCAUUUGACCCAUCUACGCUAAAGGCUCUUGAUAUUCCAUUCGUCAUGGAGCCUGCACCGGCUACCGUACCUACUCCGGGUCGUCUCGCUCCAGCUCUAGGUCUACUUCCCACUCCCCGUCUAACACCACAACCCAUCGGGUUUAGCACUCCUGCUGCGAGUGCUGCGAGUGCUGCCACUGGUCUCUUUAGUAGCAAAGGCUCAAUGGGUUUUGCUAUGGCGCAAGCUGCGAAUGUAACUGCAUUGCAAAACUUGGAUAGGUGGGAUAGGUGGCCUGGGUCUUUAAGCUCCUCACCUCUAAGUUACGUUUCCACACGUCGCUCCUCGCUUGCUAAUUCUACUUCAACGGCGUCUUCGCCGGAAUCGAUGAUCUCUGACUCGUCACGAACGUCUCGCUCAUCCUCGAUCUCAUCAGCUUCGUCCUUGGCUAGCGCGCCGUCCACCAAAUUGGAUGUUCAGGCGCGAUACCGAUAUGCGAAGUUGUGCAGUGAAAGGUAUAGCUUAAGACCAGUCAUCGCUUCGGUGCCAGAAGACUACGAAGAGAAUUGCAUUACAUCCUCUCCCGAAUCUUACACCGGCCCGGUCAGUAAAGAUUUGGUAGGACAGAUGCAAAUGGAGAGUUCAUUGGAGACUCCAUUGGCCAGAGGAUGUGAAUUGGACGAAACUGCGAAUGCUGCUCGGGUUCUACAACAGCUUCAGAACCAGCCUCAAGGCUGCCGCCCACAGCCUCGUUCUUCUCCCAAGCAGGGUGAGAAGCGACCGUUAUCAAUCGAUAAUUCGCUCCAGGAGAAUGUGCGUGAAAUGCUAAGUAGCCAGUGCUACGAAAAGGAACGCUCGGAUGUAACGGUUCGCGGUCUCCCGCAGGCGGAUCUAGAGAAUCAACGGACGCCAGUUCUAUCGAAAUCGAAUGGAGGCAGAAAGCGGAUGUGUUUCUCAUAUGAUGCUCGGACGUUCAUUCCCUCGAUACACCCUGCAGUCGGCGGCCCCGGCGGACCAGGAAUGUGGGAGGGCAUCUUGAAUUAGGAGCCAUUCACUAAGCUAAAACUUAUUGCGAGGUCCACUACAAGCAACCUUUGUGACAAUAUCCAACUAUUUCCUUUGUUCUACAUCGGGAGAGGUUCGACGCCCGGGCGAAAAGCUAUUUUCACAAUGCAUGCAUUUCCAGGACCACAGCAUAUCGGAACUGGUAAGGUGGGUAGUUGUUUGUUUGUGUACGAAUGAACAAGGGAGGUGCGUUAUUCUUUGUAAUGGUGUUCGGGGGGGAUAAUAUCAUAGUGGUGUUGAAGAGCAAAUAAUGGCUAGGCAGUGGCGGUUACAGCCGCACCCACGGGAUCAAGACGGGCGACUCGAGGAAUAAGGCAAUGUCGGCACAACGUGCGACUUCUCGAGCCGACCGUAUCAUACUGGAGUAUUUUUGUCUUUACUUGAUUUUAUAACGAUCAACGAUAUCGUGCCCGCGAACCCGCCGAACGAUAUUUGGCAACCGUCGAAAAGCGGGCGCCGUUUGUCAUUCGACCUAGUAGG